UCGUUUUCACGUCGCCACGCUUCUUCUGGACUUCCAUGGCUUAAAACUAUUUUUGUGUCAGUCUUGAAAGGGCGUGUAGUUGUCUAGCUCAGUCCCGUAGCGAGCUAGUAAAGGGAGUGCCCUGAAGAAGAUAGGCCAAGUUCAGGUAUGGGUGGUGUCAUGGAGGAGGAGGUGGUGCGAGGGUUCCUGAGGAGGUUCCUAGAGGAGUUCCCUGCUCCGCUGGGUUCUGAAGACCCCCUGCCUCUCAACCCCCUCAGCAGGAAGGUCAGCCUGGACGAACUAAGAGGAGAGAGCCUGGAUCUGGGCUUACGCCUACUCAACACCAGAGACGCUCCUUCAACACUGAAUGCAGCCAUGUGCCAUGCAGCCUUGGCUGAGCUGCUGAAGGCUGACCUUUCACCUUUCCACCUCCCCCAGGAAGCCGAACAGCAGCAAGGAGAGGAACAGGAAGUUGUUUUGCUCCAAUCAGAGCCCGUCCAGCGGCUGUUUCUCAAUAAGCUUCGGGAGGUGGGUGUGGCUUGGCAUCAGAAUCUCCCCUCCCCUCUCCCAGUAGGACCCUCCCGUUUUCUCAUGUGCUCCGCCCACGCCAUCAGGAACACUCGAAGGAAGAUGGAGGAUCGCCAUGUGACCCUCCCUGACUUCAACACACUCACUGGCCUCAAGGACGGUGUGGAGCGUGGUUACUACGCUGUGUUUGACGGGCAUGGCGGUGUGGACGCUGCUAUCUAUGCUGCCACCCACCUGCACGUCACUCUCAGCCAGCAGGAGGGGCUGCAGAGCGACCCGGCCACUGCCUUCAAGACAGCCUUCACCCGCACUGAUGACAUGUUGAGAGGGAAAGCCAAGAGAGAGCGUCUUCGCAGCGGCAGUACAGGCGUGGCGGUGCUGCUGCAGGGGGAGUGGCUUCAUGUGGCGUGGCUGGGAGACUCCCAGAGCAUGCUGGUCAGACGGGGACAAGACAUCACUCUGAUGGACCCACACAAGCCUGACAGAGAGGAUGAGAAGCAGCGUGUAGAAGCCCUGGGUGGAUGCAUCGUCUUCAUGGGCUGUUGGCGUGUCAAUGGAACCUACGCUGUCUCUAGGGCCAUAGGCGACUUUGACCAGAAGCCCUAUGUCUCUGGCGACGCUGACUGUUCCUCCACACGGCUACAUGGAGACGAGGACUACAUUCUCCUGGCCUGCGACGGUUUCUUCGACGUCGUCCGGCCCGCAGAGGUCCCGGCUCUGGUCCUCGGGGUGCUUCGGGAGCAGGGGGAAUCCCAGGGGGCCGUGGAGGGGGCUGGGUGUGAAGAGGUCUCAGAGGGUGUUCUGGGAGAGCGCGUGGCCCAGGAGCUAGUAGCUCAUGCCAAGGCAGCGGGUUCUAGUGAUAACAUCACUGUCAUGGUGGUGUUUCUACGUCCCCCUGCACAGCUACUGCUCCGGGACCAGAGCAACACCGCUGUUGCUACUGAGGGGCCAGCCCAGGAGUAGGGUGAAGUUGUCCCUAGGCACUGAUCUGGGGUAAGUUUUGUAUUAAUGGUUAAGGUUAGAAUUGGGGGAGGGGGAUCACCGCUAAUCCUAGAUCUGUACCUCGGGGAAACUUCACCCCGGAGCUCCAGCCCAGGCCUCCAACUCCCAGAACACACGGGGGCAGUGAGACAGGAAGUCUGCUGCUGCUACCCACAGUGCACGUGGGCAGGGAGGCAGGAAUUGGACUGGAUUUAAAAGGCAGUAUUUAUUAUGUAAUGACGUGACGGUGCCAAACUACUCGGUCACUGCGUGUUGUGGUCAGCCUUUUGAAUCACCGCUGGUGCUGAAACAGAUAUUCAACUGGACUGGAGAAGCUCUGUUCAUAACAAAACAAGUCUUAGCACAGACUAAUAGUUCUGCCAAUGGUCAGAAUCCAGUGUGCUACAAUAAGGUCCCUCUGGAUUCGUUUGUAGAUGUAAGACAGAGCUGUCCAACCCUCUUCCUGGAGAUCUACUGUCCUGUAGGUUUUCAGUCCAACCCUCUUCCUGGAGAUCUACUGUCCUGUAGGUUUUCAGUCCAACCC